CGGCGCGCGCCGGAGCCGAGCGGAGCCGAGCGGAGCCGAACCGAGCCGAGCCGAGCCGGGCCGGGCCGGGCCGGGCCGGGCAGACCACGGGGGGCAAAGGGCGGCAGCGAGCCGACGGGUGCCGGCGCCGUGGGAAGCUUUGCGAAGACCCCGGGAGCUCCCCGCUGUGGAAAUGUGCUUUAUCCUGAGCCGUCGUCUGGGCUGGAGGCUGUGACUUGUGACCCUGCCUGGGAACUUUCUCAUUUUGUUGGCUUUCAUUAUAUUUUUUUUUCCUGUUUUCUAUUUUUUUUUUCCCCCCCGUUGCUUCCUCCCCGCCUGGGGGUUAGCGGCUCUGCCCCCACCCGCUCCCCGGGGUGCUUUUUGCCAUCGGGUGUUUUUGGCUGCCGCCGCUUGGCCGGGUGCGGGGGCUCUGCCCGCAGCCAGCCCCCAUCCACCCCGCUGGGGAGACGAGCCAUGCUUCCCAAAGCAGGCUUCCACCUGCUGCGGUUAAAGUGUUGGUAAGCAGCCGGCUCCUGCGGCCGGAUUAGAGGAAGGCUGCCUCAGAUACCGAAAAAAAAAAUAAUACUAAUUGGCAAUGACUUUCGAAGUUGUUGCAGGCUGUUGGUUUGUCUGCUGAGGGGAACGUGAGUGAGAGAGAGAGAGCGCUGUUGCACACACAAAACCGCAGGGAGAACCCACAAUUUAACCAACAUCCCCAAACCCAACUUCUCAGAUGUGGACCUCUCAGCCUCAGCGCUCGUGAGCGGCUGCGACCUUUCCUUGCGUUCAUGGCAGGCGUUAUACCAAAGACAAGUGCACAGAGAGAGAUCUGAAGUUUGAAUGCCAUGCACUGAGCUUUUUAUUUUUCUUUUUUAUUUUUUUUUAAUUUUUUUUCUUCGCGAGAAUUAUUGAGAGGUCAUGCCAUGGGCACUCGCAAACCAAACUACUGAAGCCGAUUUCCAAGGCUGCUUAAAUCCAAAACCCUGCAGAGAACGUUAAUGGAUUCCCGGCGUGGUUAAAUCCUCCGCAGAUGAUACUAUACCAGCACCAGCCGCCGCUUCACGCCGCCCUCCACCACGCUGAGCCCGGGGAAGAUGAGCGAGCCGCUGCCGCUGCCCGGCGCCGAGCACAGCGGCGCCCUGGCGGGGAAGCUGCGCAGCGCCGACCGCAGCAUGGUGGAGGUCCUGGCGGAUCACCCCGGGGAGCUGGUGCGCACCGACAGCCCCAACUUCCUCUGCUCCGUGCUGCCCACCCACUGGCGCUGCAACAAGACGCUGCCCAUCGCCUUCAAGGUGGUGGCCUUGGGAGACGUGCCCGAUGGGACGCUGGUGACGGUAAUGGCUGGAAAUGAUGAAAACUACUCUGCAGAACUCAGAAAUGCAACAGCUGCCAUGAAAAACCAAGUAGCAAGGUUCAACGACCUCAGAUUUGUGGGUAGAAGUGGAAGAGGGAAAAGCUUCACGCUGACCAUCACAGUCUUCACGAACCCUCCACAAGUAGCCACGUACCACAGAGCCAUCAAGAUAACGGUGGAUGGACCUCGUGAACCCAGAAGACAUCGUCAGAAACUAGAUGAGCAGACAAAGCCCGGGAGCUUGUCCUUUUCAGAGCGCCUGAGUGAACUGGAGCAGUUGCGUCGUACGGCCAUGAGGGUCAGCCCACACCACCCAGCCCCCACACCCAACCCACGAGCCUCCUUGAACCACACCACUGCUUUUAACCCUCAGCCUCAGAGUCAGAUUCAGGACACGAGGCAAGUACAGCCGUCUCCGCCGUGGUCCUACGACCAGUCCUAUCAGUACCUGGGCUCCAUCGCUACCCCCUCGGUGCACCCUGCCACGCCGAUAUCACCCGGCAGGGCCAGCGGCAUGACAUCCCUCACCGCAGAGCUUUCCAGCCGCCUCUCUGGUGCUUCCGAUUUGACGGCAUUCAGUGACCCCAGGGUGGGGAUCGACCGCUCCUUCUCCGCGCUCCCUUCCAUUUCUGAUCCUCGGAUGCACUACCCAGGAGCGUUCACCUACACGCCGACGCCCGUCAGUUCGGGGAUAGGAAUCGGUAUGUCUGCCAUGUCCACGGCCACGAGAUACCACACUUAUCUCCCGCCUCCAUACCCCGGCUCCUCUCAGGCCCAAGGUAGCCCGUUCCAGACCAGCUCACCCUCGUACCACCUCUACUACGGAACCUCGGCUGGGUCCUAUCAGUUCUCCAUGAUCUCAGGGGGAGACCGGUCUCCCCCGCGCAUCCACCCUCCUUGCACCAAUGCUUCCACGGGAUCAACACUCCUCAACCCCAACCUUCCCAACCAAAGCGAUGUGGUUGAGGCAGAAGGGAGCCACAGCAACUCCCCGACUAACAUGGGCACCACAGCAAGGCUAGAGGAAGCGGUGUGGCGACCAUACUGAAUGCAUUUUAAGUAGUCAUGGGCCAGGACUAAUGUGCUUUCGAUAUACCGAUGCCCGUAGGUAUCCCAUAAACACCUGUCUUGCUUGUGGGCCCUGCCAUGUUCAUACAUCACUUCCAGAAGCAAACUCUCCAGAAGUCAGCGCUCCCAGGAGCGGUGGCGUGUGUUGGCCAGCCAGCUGUGGGGCUGGAGAAGCAGCGUCACGCCAACAAGGUACCCUCUCGGGGGGCUGAGCUUCUGGAAAGGAGGACGUUCAGGUUGGUGGCCUGUAGAUAGUGAGGGUGGGUAGGAAGAUACCCAGUUUGUUUCCAGGCCCGUGGCUUUCAAACGUGCCCGGGCUUGAAGGUCUCCACAGCCCUAAAGAGUUUCAGUUCACUUCUAUUUUUAAGACUUAAGACCUAAAAGAAUCUUAGUGAGUUUACUGCAUCUUACGGACAUAUUAACUAUAAGGAAGUAUAGGAAGAUUCCCAGAGGGAAACUGUGAACGCUUCUGUUUUAGCAAUGCUGUGAAUGAGAGGUUUUAUAUGUUGGACUUCACCCAUUCUUUUUUUUUUUUUUAACCAUGUUGUAUAUUCCAAAGAAUACGGAAUUUUUUAUUGCUGUUUGUUUUGUUUUGGGUUCUUUUGUUGUUUUUGUUUUUGGUUUUUUUUGGAUGCAACUCAUCCUGCUUUGCAUCUAAUUUGUUUUAUUUCUCUUGGCACCUUAUAAAUUGCAAAAAAAAAAAAAAGAUUUUACUUUUUUUUGUUGUUUUAAUCAUGCUUGCUUCUUUCUUGCUUUGUCAACUGAAAGAAUCAGCCCUUUUUCAAUAAGUUAAUUUAACUUUUUUCUCUUGGACUUUUUUUUUUUUUAAUACAACGGCUACAGCCUUGGGUCAUUUUCAACUACUGUACUACUUUGAUGAGUUCAUUGAUAUUUAUGCUUGAUAUUUAGACUUUUCUUAUUUGUUGAUACUAUUAUUAUUUAAAUAUGCCUAUAUUAAAAAAAAAAAUUAGCAAUUGCCUUUUUUGGUAGCAGCCAAAGUCAAAUUUAUCACAUUGAAAAAGGCUGGAAAAACGAUGGGUAAAGUGACCUCCUAAUUACCUAGAAAUAUUGUUUACAAUUCUCCCUUUCAUUUUACUCAGCUAACUGGGCUCUGAGCCUCAGAGGUGUGUAGAUGCCCUGUUCUCACUGAAACGACUGAUGCACCAGAAGCCCCGUGAAGGCACUGUGCCUCCCCACCCAGUGGAGUCAUCUCUCCCCAUCCUUUCCUCACUUUUCCUUCAUCACCAGUGGUGAUGCUCAGGAUCAGUAAUCAGGAGGUACAUAUAUCAUAAGGCAGACUCUAUAUUCUCUCAAUUAAAUACAUCCUCAUACGGUCCCAUUCUGCUGCUGAGCUUCUCUGGGCUUCCUAAGAACUCCAGUAGAGGCCUUAUACAUAGUCUUUCAAAUCAAAAGGCAACACACGGUUAGCAUGGCAAGGGUGAAGUCCUGGCUCUGCUAGAAUCAACGUGAGACUUGCUCCCGGCUCAGUGGAGCCAAGAUUUCUGUGCAGUACAAGAGCCAUGUUCCAGCCUACUGGAAAAUAGAUCAAGUCAUGCAUCGCAAAAUAGCUCGGACUGAACAGGGUUGUCAAGCUCAUCUGGAAAGCAGGCCAGCGAAGAAGGGGCCUUAACGGUUCCUCCGCCACCAAAUUCUGAGGGAAGAGGAAGGAGAUUUAAAACUGGUGCACAAACUAGUCUGUCCUGUAGCAAAUCUGCAAGCCUUAUUCUAACAGCAUGUUAAUACAGAGUCGUCAUCGUUGCCCAUCGUUACAGCACAAACAUAUCAGAUGUCACUGUAAAGUUUAUGGCACUAUUAUAUUUGAGGGUUUGGUCUGAAUGCAGUUGUUGUACUACUCAUUAAUUGCAAACUGCUGAUGUUGACACGUGUGCGUUCCAAAUGAUCUGAUUAUUAUUUAAUGUACCUCUUAAACGAGUGAAACAAUUGCAGGUCAACUCAGAGAGUAUUUGAAAGCAGGACUUCAGAUCAGUGUUUGAUGUUUAAAAAAAAAAUUAAAAGGAUUCAAAUUAAAAAGAUCCUUGGCUGCAGGCAGCAAAACAGCUGGACUUAUUUAAAACCAUUUGUUUUUCAAGUUUUCUUUUUUUUAUAUAUGAUUUUGCUUCUUUGUUUAAGACGGAUGCAGUAGCACUUUGGUAUUGAAAAGUUACAAAUUGAAGAAUUUACAUUGUCAAUAAGGUCAUUUUUGUGCAGAAAAUAGGGAGUGUUUCAAGAGAUCUCAGCAAAAGUUCAAAAUGGUUCUGUUAAAAUACAUAUAUGGCCCUGUGCUUUUAAUUCUGCAUAAUAUUAUUUAUCAUUUUCUAGAGUUUGCUCUGAACAAAAAAGGCAGAAAACAUCCAAAAAAUGAUACCAGAACAGUUAAAAAUGCAUUUUGGAAGUAUGGAGACCUUGCUGAAUAUGGAAAUAGAGAGACCCUACCUGUUGUGACAUUUUACAUAGUUAGAACCUCACCUCUUCAGUAGCC